AUGGCAAGAAAAGCCUCCAAAUCCAAGAGUAAGACUAAGCCGAAGGCUAACACCGCUGAGGAGAAAGAGGGUUUAUUAGAUGAGAUAGAGGGUUUAUUAGAGAUUGAAAAUGUCUACGACCCAAUUCCACCUCCUUACAAACAGGGCUUUGACCCCAUUGUGGUCUUUCCAAACGACCCCAUGGACUUGGGACAAGUCUACGACAAGGUGAACUUCAACGCCGCCGGCGUCCUCUUCAGUGUUGUUAAGAUGCUUGAGGGUCUUUCGAUGGAUGGCUACGACCGUGAGGCUGCGGAGAUUGGGACUGAGGUCAUGGGAAAGGGUAACAUGCCUGGGGUGGUGAUCUUCACCGGCGUCAUUGAGGAGUAUGCGGACAUGGGCAGGACCUUGGAUGCUCUCAAGGCUUAUAAGAGGAUGUUGGCUUCUAAGGUCACCCCCAAUGCUUAUACUUACAGUGUUUUGAUUGAGACUCUGGCCGGGGACGCUGAUCCGAAGUUCCUUGUUGUUGCGAAGAAGUACAUGCUGGAGAUGAUGGGGAUGGGGAUGAGGCCUAAUGCUCUGACUUAUACGGCGGUGUUUAAGGGGUUUGCGCAGCGAGGGAAGACAGAGGAGGCUAGGCAGUUUCUGGAGGACAUGAAGGCCAAGGGGUUUGAGCCGGAUGAGAAGGCUGUGAGGGAGGUUCUUAUGGGGAGAAGGGGGCCUAUGGUUAGAAGUCUCUUCAACAUCCUCUUCGGCAAGUAA